AUGAGUUUGGAGGCAUUCCGCUGGUACGACUUGGUACAGGUCUGUACCGAAUUAGGAAUAGAUUUGGGGCAGAGAAAAAGGAAGCCGCACAUCAUAAAACUCCUUCAGGCCGUAGACGUCAGCGUUGAGGAGUUUACAGAGGCUUUGGAGGAAAUUCGCGGCAGGGAACAGGAGGCUCGCGAAAGGGAACAGGAGGUUCGCGAGGAGGAACGCAGAAAGCGGGCCGACGAGAAGGCUCUCGAGACGGCGAGAUGGGAGCUCGAGAAGAGCGAGUAUAAGCGCGAAAUGGAGCGGCUCGACUACGAGUUCGAGCAGCUAGAGCUCGCGAAAAAAGCGCGGGAGGUUGAGUGUCUUCGUCGGCAAACACCAGGCGUUGAAGGGGUGACAGGAAAGGCGUGUCAGGGAAAGGAGAAAGUGGGAGCUGGGGACACUGGGAUGACCGGAGACCAGCGUCUUUCUCCCGACACGGCCGUCACCGUUCUUCGCAAGCCCGACCCGAACUCCGAGCGGCGGGACGGUGAGAGUGACGUGGAAGCAGCAACAGAAGUGGUGUGUCAGGAAAAGAGGAAAAUGGAAGCUGGGGUCACCGAGGUGACCGCAAACCAGCAUGUUUCCUCUGACGCGACCGACGCUGUUCCACGGAAGACCGACGCCGUUCCGCACAAGAUCUACCCAACAGCCAAGCUGCAGGAAGCUGAGAGUGAUCGGGAUCCCGGGAAAGAAGAGAAGGCUCUUCGGGCGUCCAGCGGCGGCUUCCCGGAUGACGAAGGCGACGCCAAGACAGAGGCGACGCCGGGGAAGUUCAUCCAGCUCAUGGAGAGCAGCGCCGAGAUGCCGGAGAAAGCGGUCCAGCAAUCAAGAUAG